CUCAGUCGAAACAGCUGACUCUCAAAAGGUGGCCACCACCCACCACCCAACUGCUGCAGGGCCAAACAGAAACUCCGUCACUAGGCUUACGGAGCAUUUAGCCAAGAAAGCGUGGGGGCGUCACCGUCACUCACUGACGUCGACGCACUCGGCGCAUGAAAAACAGUUACGCUCUGUGCCGCGGAGUGUGUGGAGUUGCGUUGAAAGGGGCUCCGGAGUCCAAAAGGGUAAUCGGAAAGCCCACGGGAAGGGGCCAUCACCGCGGAGCCUUGACCCGAGCGUAAUGAAAUGUGGCGCCUGGCUGGCGAAAAAGUGACGUGAAAUGCCAAGUGCAGCCGCAUCGAAGCCAGCAAGGAUCUUGUAGCAGCGACAGGAGCAGCCCCUUCUCCAUGGGUUCAUGCCUUGGCAGCUGUGCCACAGCUGCCGCCGCACCAGCCCACUCCGCCUGCACCUCAACGUCCGACUCCACCACCCACUCGACUUCCUCGACGUCGUCUUCACUGACAACUCCCCCCACGUCCUGGGUGGCCAACAGCUGGCUCUGGCGAAAGAACAGAUCUGCAGGAAGACAAGAUCCAGAGGCAGAUCUCUUAUCGAGGACCACCAGGCAGCGCUGCCAACGGAACGGAUUCAUCUACCGCAUCCUGCGGCUCAAGAAAAGGCAGCAGUGUCCCAGCUUCCUGGACAAGUACUGGGAGCAGCAGCCCAGCUACGCCAAGCUGCCGACCACCGCCAUGGCGGACAUUCAAAUGCAGAACCUGGACGCCGGCAAGUUGCUCAACGCCCAGACCACGCCCAGUCGGGAGACGGAGAUGGGACUUGGAGCCUACCAGCGCAUGGCCAACUCGCGGGCCAGCUCCUCCUUGGAUCUCGAGUGGGAACACGAGUACUCACAGCUGCGGCAGUAUCAGUACCAGUGCCAGCAGGUGCCCAAGGAGCUGCCACCAACGCCACCAAAGCCGCGCUACGCAUCCUUAGACCAGCUGGCGGCAGCCAAUGCGAUGGCCACCAGCCAAGGACGACACAUGGCGCGCCAAGCCAGACUGAGUUGCCAGCGCCACGGAGGUUCGCUCACGCGGAACUCGUGCUGUUCGUCUACGCAAAACUCCUGGUCGCACAUAUCCACGCCAGAGUCGCUGGAAUGGGACGUGGACGAGGAGCGAGAGCAGCAGCGUCAGCUUCGUCUGGAGGAUGACAAUCUGGAUGAUAGAACGCUCAAGUUGCUGCAUCAGAUCGAGCAAUUGAAGCACCAUGUACUGCAGGAGACUGGCGAUGGACUCAGCAUGGAAUCAGCUGCGGUCGAGGAGCUCACCGAGGGCCUUCAGUUCCGGGCAACGCACUUCGCUGGCGACUCCCAGCUGGAGGCCCAUGUAAGUUGAUUGGAAUCACUUUAAGACGACCUAUCAUGCACAUAGUAUUAGGUUAAGAGGUGUACAUAGCAGACUUAAUGAGCAGUUGUAGUUUCCUGUAAAGAGCACGUCUUUGAAAGACACAUUGAAAUCCGUUUCCGUUUUAAUUGGCCAGGAAUACUGGCCAUCUGAGUCUUAUUAAUUUUGGCUGACCAGUUUUCCUAUCUUAAAGACUUUAUCUGUAAACUAAUGUUCCAGUCUAUUCUAUGCACUUAUGCUUAUUAAUCAAGGGAUCAAAGUUUAAAUCAUUAAAAAACACGGUCUGAAGUAAAUAUAUUUAGUUUGAAUUGUCAUUUUCUAUUUUUUAAUUUUGCGCCAAUUUCUAUUAUUUUAAAUAUUGAUUUGUUUAGGUUUGUAAAAAUGUCGUAUAAAAUAUGCAAUUAAUCGAAGUUUUUAGUUAAUGAAGAAAGGACUUGCAAUAGAUAAGCAUAAGAACAAAAGAGAUAUAUCUUAUUUCAUUACAUAUUGCACCUGGUAUAAGACACAUAGGUUAAUAAGUUAUGAAAUUUAAGUGCCUAGCCUAAGUCCGAUCCGAGUUCAAAAGUUUAAGUACUCCAAUAAUAUCCUAAACUCAAAAUGAUUCCUACAAAAAAAAAACAGAUAUAUCAAGCAAACAGUUUGCAUUAUUAGCCACACAGAUAACUCAAUUCUAUACCUAUUUAUAUAUAUGUGAACUUUAAGGGCUUGAAAAUGAUUUUUAUUGCAAAGAUUUAUACCAAAACAUUUAGUUUUAGUGAAAAAUGCAAUAUAUUUACUUUCUGCUCCAAAAUUGUGCUUUUUGGAUUAAAUCCGAAUCAAAAAUGUAAAUGCGUUCGAUAUAGUAAGAGCUUAUCAGAGCACUAUAUAAGUGACUUCGUUAAAUUUUUAAAAAUAGUCUAUAGAAUCGCACCUACUUGAAAAUUAUAGUACUUAAGCUACUUUAAACUUUAUAGACCAGAUGCCCUUAGCCUCCUUUUUAAUUGGUAAAUAACACAAAAACCACUCUAUCUUUUUAUCAGUGUAAUAUCUGCUAUAUUGUGUUAAGUUUUUGUUGAUAGUUUCUUGGAAAACGUAGAGAAAAAUAUUUUGUAAAUUUUUAAGUUUAACUGAUACCAAAGAUUUAUUUUGAAACUUGAAUGUUACUCUCCAUAGACUACAUACUAGUAUUUAAGUACGUUCACUAUUUUCGCUGCACAGUAAAUGUCAUUUAUUUGUGUCUUAAACUAAGAGGAUUAAAGAAAGAUUUGUAGAAAAU